UCAUAUUAACCAUGUCCCUCCUUUCGAUCACAUUGUCAUCUGUCAUGUCUCAUUGAUAUCAACCAUUAACAAUAUUCUUCCGGAGAGGUUAUCCAGUCGGAUUAUUUUGAGGUUUUUGCUGAGUGCCCAUCAGUUCACUCCCUUAUUAUACAUACAUACAUACAUUCGCUUCGGAUUUUCUUUUCUUAUCGGCGAUUAUUUUUGCGUGCUCUCUGCCUCCGAUUUUCUUUUCAGACAUGGAGGGGCGUGCUGAUUCAAGUCUAUAUCCUUUGCACCGUUCCAAGACACUGCACCUGGUGCGACAUGCACAGGGUAUUCAUAAUGUGGCUGGUGAAAAAGAUCACAAAGCAUAUUCAUCUCCGAAGUUUUUUGAUGCUCACAUCACCCCUCUAGGCUGGAGUCAGGUUGAUAAUCUACGGGAGCAUGUUAAUGAAUGUGGGCUUGCUAAAAGGAUUGAAUUAGUCAUCACUUCUCCUCUCUUAAGGACAAUGCAGACAGCAGUAGGGGUUUUUGGAGGUGAAAGCUAUCUGGAUGGAAUGGAUGUUCAUGUUCAUCCUCUCAUGAUAGAAAAUGUUGGGAACAGUAAUCGUUCUGCAAUUUCAAGUCUCAAUUGCCCACCAUUUAUAGCUGUCGAAACUUGCAGAGAACGCUUGAUGGAAAAUGAAGAAGAUAUUCUAUGGGAUGCUGAUAAACGAGAAUCAAAUGAAGCACUUGCUACUAGGGGAUUGAAGUUUAUCAACUGGUUGUGGACUCGACCGGAGAAGGAGAUUGCCAUUGUUACCCACAGUGCUUUCUUAGAAUGCACGUUGCAGAUGUUUGGAAAUGAUUGUCAUCCUUCCAUUAAAAAUGAAAUCAAUAAACACUUUGCCAACUGUGAACUCCGUUCGAUGGUGCUGGUUGAUACAAACAUGCUAGCGAUGGUGGAUACCUCCAGUAGCAAUUAUCCUGGACAGAAACCUCAUGGGCUUGGUCUGCCAAGUGAUGUAGCUCAUGAGGAGCUCCCCAAGAAAGAGGAUCAGAAUUACACCUGUUACUGUUGGAUAUUGUAACAAUAUAUGUCCAGUCCACAAAGCACAACAUAACAAGCAUUCUUUACUUCUUACUUUAAUGCAUGUUUUAUUGCAUGUUUCAUGGCAUGUUUUAGGGUCUUGCCAUGUUUCUCAUUCUUGAGUACCACCAAUUUCUGAUACUGGUCUUCCCAAUAUAUAAGAACUAAAACCACAUGUAGACUCCUAUUUGAUUUACUUGUUCCAAAUGCAAAAGUGUUCAUAAUGUGCUCUUAGAGCCUUAUAUAUUGAAAAAAAAUUGUAACAGAUUUGUUAUAAAAUAUGUAAAAAUAUUUUAGGCAUAUACAGGGACUUUAUAAGGGAUA